AUGAGUGAAAAUAAUAAAAAUAAUAAUGAUAAUGUAAAACCAUUAAAUGAAAUGACAAAAGAGGAAAGAACCAAUUAUAGUUUAAGAAGAGCACCUGAUUAUCAUGGUAAAGAGGAAAGUGUUUUAAAUAGCUCAAGAACUAAAUGUUGGGAAGCAAGAGAUAAAUAUUUUAAAUGUUUAGAUGAUAAUAAAGAAGAUGAUUCAAAAUGUAAAGCAUUUUAUAAUGAAUUAAAUAAUUCAUGUUUAAAGAGUUGGAGCGAAUAUUUUAUUAAAAAAAGAAUAUCAGAUAAAAAUAAAGAAGCAUUUUUAAAUAGAAAAGAUUAA